AUGCCAACAUUUCGACAAAUCCACCAGCACAACAAACCUGCGAACUUCUCGGGGAGUUCGGUGGUGGUUGCAGGGUUUGCUGGGGAUCCUCUCUUUCGUCUCUCUCUUGGCCAAGCGCUGGCGAUGAAUAUUGGCGGUGCGGGCCUUAUGGCUGCGGUUUUUGAACAAGAUGUUUGCGUUUGGUAUUGGAUUAACAUUGUGGUGGACACAACGUUAGGUGUGUAUGUACAGUACAUGCUUCUUCAAGGUGCUCGCCGCCUUCUGAAGGGGGCAGCCUGCUUGGAGUACGGCUCUUACGGUUCUCCACCGCGGUGGUCUGCAUGCUUUGCCCAGGCGAUGUCUUGGCAGGUGUUUUGUCUUUUGAUGAAGAUUGCUGCAAGCGCAUUCAUGCUGGCUCUUCAGGAACCCCUAGUUUUCAUCGGCAGUGCUCUCCUGGCUUCAUUGGACACAAAUCCGAAUGCGAAGCUGUUUGUAGUGAUGGUGGCGACGCCGCUUGUGAUGAAUUCUCUGCAGUAUUGGCUGACUGACAGCUUUAUAAAGAACCGUGCUUCUCCAAGGUAUAUGAUAUAG